CUUGACGUUGUUAAGAAUUUCAGCGCUUCCGUUAUGCCAUUUUCAACAGAUAACAAAAUCAGUGGGCAAGCCAUUACGGCGAAUAACAUAACAGUUCUCAUCAAGUUCUUGAUAAGCCAUUGCCUCUCAUAUGGGGUUGUAGUCGGCGCCUCUGUUCUAAAAUUACCUCAAAUUUUGAAUGUUUACCGGAGUCGAAGCGCGUCGGGGAUUUCGAUCACAGCAAAUUAUAUAGAACUGUUUGCUUAUGUUAUUUCCACAAGUUGGGGGGUUGUGCAGAAGCUUCAUUUUCGAGAUUUCGGUGAGAAUGGGUUGAUUUUGCUCCAGUUAAUUGCAUUAAUAGUAAUGGUGGCAAAGCUGCAGGGAAGGACGCAUGCCGCGUGUGUCGUUCUCGCAAUGAAUUUGAUUUUGUUCAGUGCAUUUUCGAAAGGCUAUGUUUCGCAUUCAGUUCACGAAUUCCUUCUGAGCAGCCUCAUCCUUCUGAAUGUCUGUAGCCGCGUCCCGCAAAUUUUUCUGAAUUAUAAGAACCAGUCUACAGGGCAGCUUUCUUUCCUUACUUUUUUUCUCGCGUUUGGAGGUGGUGUGGCGCGCGUGAUGACAACGAUGCUGAAUGUGCCGUGGAAGAAGGGUAAGCUCAUUAUGUUGUGUCAGUUCAGUAUGGCUGCGCUUCUCAACCUUGUCGUUAUAACUCAAAUCCUUUAUUAUAGCUACAGGAAGAAAGACAAGCAUGCCGUGAAACGUAAAUGACGCUCUGUCGACUUAAAGAGUUAAACGUGAACUAUAUAAACCUUUUUCUAACUCUAUCAUUAUAUAUAUAUAUAUAUGCAUGUAUAUAUAUAUGUAUAUUUGAUUAGUUGGCACAUAGCUUUAUUUAAUGAUGAUUGGUCUGGCAAAGUGUCGAGGACGUGAUCUGGAGGUCAUAAGGCGCGAAUUGGGAGCCAUGGUUUUAGCAAAAUGGAGUAAAUAAAAUUAUUUAUACGCGCGAUGGAAGUAGAUUAAUACUAUUAGGAGGCCAUCUUUCUUGAGGAACGAAACAGUCCACUUACCGAUUCCCUGAGUACUUUUUUCACUUCUCUUAGGGUGACCCAACCAAGAUUGUAGUACUUGCCUUCCUUGUUGUUAUCGAAUCAAAAGAGAAUUUUAAACUUAAAAAAGUGAGAAGUUACUACUUUGAUGCUUUUUGUCGUAUUGUGUCUUGCUCAAUUUCUGUCUUUUCUAUUAAUUUAACUUCAUUCCAAUUCACAUUUGUUUUCUUCCAAAGGGGUCUAGUGAAAAUAUUUAUUCCCCCUUAUUCUCAAUACAUAUUGAAGUCUUAUCCAUAAGCAUUUAAUCAAACCGAAUCUAUACGAGUAUAUUUAUAAGUUUCAGAAUAAUAAUGCCUGCAUGCACCCCCCGUUCAGCACACAAGGAUCAAGCGAAGGAAGCCGAACCAAUAACAGAAACCGAAAAGGUCCAUGUAGCUAUACGCGUUAGACCGCUUAACAAGCGUGAAAGGAUCAGCAAGAAACCUAUCUGCCUGAGCGUGAAUGACUCUACCAAACAGCUAUCCAUUGUCGAGGGUGUCAAACUGGAGUUAGGCGAAGUCCCACCGUUCUCAGAUGGACCAUCUGAGAAGAUCUCCCGAACUACUUUUCAGUUCGACAAUAUAUUUUGGUCUCUGAAACCAAGCGAGGAGAAUUCCGGGAUGAGCCCGGCGACGCAGGAGGAUGUCUUCAAUGAGAUCGGCAUCCCUCUAGUAAACCACGCAUUUCGGGGGUUCAAUUCGUGUUUGUUCGCGUACGGUCAGACAGGAAGUGGGAAGACUUACACGAUGAUGGGUGCGGACGUCGCUGUGCUUGAGGGUAAUGAAGGCAGGGGUGUGGCGCCGCGAAUCUUUCAGGAAAUCUUUCAGCGGAAGUCUGAGAUUGAGUCAACUGAGGGUAAUGCCUCGAUUUGGACUGUGGAGGUGGGGUAUGUCGAGGUGUACAACGAACGUGUAUCCGAUCUGCUUGCGAAGCGGCCAAAGCCCGGUGAGGAGGUGUUUGUGGAGGUGCGUGAGCACCCGAGCCGCGGGGUGUUCUUAGAGGGCCAGCGACUUGUUCCCGCGAAAAGUUUUAAUGACGUGAUAAAAUGUGUGGAAUCUGGCAACGUGGUCCGCCACACCGCGUCGACAAAGAUGAACAACCGGAGCAGCCGCAGCCACGCGAUCAUUAUGGUGCUUCUGAAAGAGGAACGCAUGAUGACAACGAAAAAUCAAACGUCGAUCCGGACAGCGGGGAAGAGCAGCCGAAUGAAUCUUGUCGAUCUCGCCGGCUCUGAGCGUGUUUCGCAGUCCGAGGUCGAAGGCACACGCUUCACGGAGGCUACGCAUAUUAACCUCUCCUUGUCGACUCUCGGGCGUGUCAUCGACAUCCUCGCGGAUAUGGCAACCAAAGGCAACAAAACACGCUACACAACGGCCCCGUUCCGCGAUGCCAAGCUAACUUUCAUCCUGAAAGACUCCCUUGGGGGCAACUCGAAGACGAUGAUGGUGGCGGCGGUGAGCCCGAGCGCGCUGAACUACGAGGAGACUCUCGGCACGCUUCGAUACGCGUCUCGUGCGCGUGAUAUUGUGAAUGUCGCGAAAGUCAACGAGGAUCCCCGUGCACGGCGUAUCCGUCAGCUGGAGGAUGAAGUGUCGGAGAUGCGCAGGGCGCUCGCCGGGGCCGAUCCUUCGUACGUCGCUCAGUUGGAGGAGAAGAUUGCGCUGAUUGAGUCCGAGGCGCAGAACCGUGCCGCCGACCUUCAGGCGUUAGAGAAGGAACGUGAAGCGAACCAACUUCGGGAGCGAAUGCUGAAGGCAACAGAAGCGGAGCGGUCUGAGCUUCAGAUGCAGGCGGAUGUGCUGAAGCAGCAGGUGGCAGACAGCCGUCGGCAGGCCGCUGAGAUGCUGGAGCAGAAUUUACGUCUAAAAGAGGAGCAGGCUAAGCGGGAGCGAAAAUUGCUUGAAGAUGUUGAGCGCGCCCAGGAAGCCGUGCGCCUGAAGGAAGAGACCCUUGCCCAAGCGAAGAGGGAUUUAGCUCGUGAACGCACCGAGAGGGAGAAGGCGAUGCGCUUUAUUCAGCACUACAAGGAAAAGCUAGAGGAUGCACUGUUCCAUUCCGAGCGGAGCGCCGCAGAAAGGAUUGCGUUGGAGGAGGCAAAUACUACUCUAAACCUCAAACUGAAGGAGCUCGAGGAGGAGCAGGCGCAGUACGUCAACGGGUUAGUGAAGAAGCUGGAGGACUGUGAGAAUCAGGCAGCACUAAGUCCAGCACGGUACGUCUUACAGAUCGGAGAAAGUGAAACACGGCAUGAAAUGAUGGUUGCGCAUGUUAUGGAGCGUGAACACCUACUUCAGGAAUAUUAUGUGAAGCCUCUCCGCUUUGCGAUGGCCGAACGUCUUCCAGGCAAGGAGCCUAUAAAAGACGAUUCUGAGAUGAUUUCGAUCGGUGGGAUUACGCGUUCCUCUCCGGCAGUAUCCGAGCCACCCUCAGAUAACCAUCGUGGGAAAGUUUGCGAGGACCUCGCGCGUGUUUUUCGUGUGCGGGCGGAUAUGCAGGCGGCUCGUGGAGCGCUCAUGGCAGCGCAUCCGUCAACGAUGGAAGGAAGGCAGGGCAGCCUUGAUCAACCGAACCGCCAUGCCGAUCCCACACAGGAGCAUCUCGAGCUGGAGCCCGGCGUAUUUGACGUGCCAGAGGCGAUGACUAAAGUGGAUCAGGCUGAUGAGGGAUACUAUCAGUGUGUUGAAAUGAUUAAGUCUCAGGCGGAGGUACUGCAGAAGACACAGCACGAGUUGGAGGAAUUGAUUGAACGCUUCUUCACGGAGUCUGUUUCCGUGGAGACGGAGGAGCAAGCCAUGGCGGCACGACUAUCGGACGUGGAGCUGGCGAGGGACGCCUUUGAGAUUAAGGAGAACGAGCUGCAAAUGCUUAAUGAGCGUCUCGAGGAGUGCACACAGCAGCGUCAAGCGGCUAUACGGAAUCUAGAGCGACAGCUAAAGGGUAUGCUUCAGGGGAAAUUCGAAGUCCGUUUAUUCGUCCCCGGAGACAGGGACGCGGAUAUUUUUCACGAACGCGAACUGCAGAUGGGAGAUUCCUGCACUCCGAUGGGCACAGAACCUAUAGGGUGGUCACCAGACGCGACGAGGAGGACCGACUUACCUAAUAGCCCGAAUACGAGGGCACCAUUAUUAUCUCAAGAACAAGAGAGUGGUGCUUCUCUCGAUAUGUCUGCUAUUAAGCGAUCAAUUUUAGAUAGCUUUCCUGUUAGUGCCCGCAUGGCGGAUUUGUUGAAUAAGACAAUACAUUGA